AAUAUAAUAAUGCAGCGCGCGUAUACACAUACAAUAUAUUAAUAUAGGUAUACGAAACAAAACGCACACAAAAUAAUUUAAUAUUAUGUACUUACUGUACUUAACUAAAAGCACGGAACAACGAGAAUUGCAUUGUAUAGAUGACAAAAUGUAUGAUUUUGUUAUCGAUUAUACCCGAUAUAUAACACGUUAUUAAUAUUAUUAUAGUAUCGAGUUGGUGCGACCGUACUAGCGUUACGGUACGUGUGUAUACUUAGUAGGUAUGCCUCCACUAGGCCAUCGUAACAAUUUUAUCACGGUAUGUUGUACUGUAGUGUACCUACACCGUAGAGACGUGAGUCGCCGAGUUAGUACAACUUUUGCAGGCAUACCUGAUACUUGGUAGGCCGUUUGGGAACUAUGAUUAUACCGUUGUCUUUGUUCGGUUUGCUGUUGGCGGUUCGGUUCUCAGCAGCUGUCGACGGCACACUGUUCGUACUACCGUUGGAUUCAUCCGGCUGGCUAUUCUCGAACAGAAAUACUAGUGAGUGGCAGCCACCAACAUUACCGAUAGAUUUUCAUCAUUUCCCGUUUUAUUGUUUUUACAUUACGGUUGCUUGCGUUUUUCCAGGUGUCCGCGGGACGGCCCGUGUGCCCGGCGGCGUGUUCGCCGACCUGUGGGCCAACGGCGUUCUUAAAGAUGACCCAUUGCGACGGUACAACGACGUAGAGUACCGAUGGGUGUCCGAAGACGAUUGGACUUACUCGGUUUCUUUUGACGGUGAUUAUUUACCAGAUACCUAUAUAAUACUAGUAUUAUAUAUCCAUUGACUAACCGAGAAAGUUUUAAAAAUGGCUGCAAGAGCGUUGCUCAUAGUAGGAGAUAAUCCUCUUGAAAAUUAAGAUUUGAAAUACCUAAAAGGCUAAAAUCCAUUAUAGGAUAUACGUGUUCAAUAAGUACAUGUGGAAUCCGAGAAAACUACCCAAAAGGAAAAUUAUGCGUACCUAUAGGAUAUUUUUGUUUUCGAAUUCGAAUAUUUUUACCGUUCCCCCAUGUAUAGCUCUUUUAUUUAUAACUCCACGGUACUAUAUUUUUUUAACUAGAAAAAAAAGAUUUAAUGUUUUUGUUUUCUAAUGGAAAGUGGGGUUGUCCUCUACCCUGAAUCAUAACCUGCUGGUGUCUUUAGUGGAUAAUAUUUUAUUCUACUACCACAGGAAAAUACUGUUUCUGUCGAACAAUUUUAAAUCUACUCGUAAAACACUUGUAAACAGUGUUCUCGAAUUGGAGAAAAAUUAAGAUUGACGCUGGUUUUAGUUUAGGAAAACAUUGUCUCAAUCUCACCGCAGCUCCAGAUAAAUUAUUCAGGGAUUUCGUCUACUAACACCUUCCCCCCUCUUUCCCCGGACACUAUAAAUAAACUAAAUAGGUAAUUCAUGUUAUAACAAUAAAAUUGUAAAAUAAAUGCAUAUAACUAACCAACAGUGGCACGAUAUAUUAUAAUUAGUUUAGGAUUAUAAAAGUAUAAUGAGUACUAUAUAAUUAUAGGUUUAGCAAUAUAAUCUGAUAAUAAAUAAUUGAUAAAUAAACAUAUAUUUAAGUUUUAAUAUUUGUUAAUGGUUUUUAAAAUAGGCUGUUAUACAGUUUUAUACACUGUUUAGUAGGUUUAAAAUGAGAGAGUAUAUAUGUAUCAAUAAUUAUGUAUAUGAUGGUUAACAGUAGCAGACUCAGACCUUACAAUUUUUUUUUUUGAGUGGGGUCAAAACCAUUUAUAACAAUGAAAAUUAGUGUUUACAUUUAAUACAAGAAAAAACCAUUCUAUACUACGGUUUUAUGGAGACCUGAAAUUUCCACAUAAUAUUUAGUCUUAUAUUAGCCUUUUCUGGACAUGGCAAGAUUUUAAAGUUAUUUAUAGUUAUUUAAAAUUUGUGAUGUGUUUUUAGUUUUAUUUGAUUUUAUAUGAAUAUAAAUAUUUGUUGCCCAGCGAAAAUUUAACACUAGGUUCAUCUUAAGUUGUAUACUUAACCUACCCUCUUCCUCCCCAAAUCAAUAUGAAUGGUUUACCGAAUGUAGAGGAUAGGUUAGGUUAGGUUAUGUAUUAUAUAUAUUUUUUUAAAUACAUAAUUAAAAUACAUGAUAUAUUAAUAAGUAUAGGUUAAAAUAAUGAGUUAUUUUUAAAUGAAGGUACUAAUAAGAAAAAAAUAAAAAUAAAAUAAUGUUUAAAUAAAUAUUAACUUUUACCAGCGCAUUCUAAAUCUGCGUCAUCAAUUCCAAAUACCCAACUGUGUCACAUUGUUGAUGAUGUUCGACGCGUAUGCCUAUUAGCAUUUGUUUUCAGAUACACACUUUGGUUAAAUAAUAAGUGAAGAAUGAAAACUUCUUUAAAAGUUUAAAGUUUAAAUUAAAUAUUUUGAAAUGAGCAAUACAAAUAUUUGUGGUGCGAUUAUAGAUUAGUUAGCCGUAGGGUUCUGUGUGGUACGUAGGUAAGUUGUGUCACAUAAAAUUAGGCGAUUAAUUAUUGAUAAACGAAAUUUAAAAAGAAAUUUGACAUUGUUAAAUAUCGUUUAGAUAGUGUGAUCUAUUGGCUAUAUUAUAUAUAAUGCAUUUUAUCAAUUUAUUUGUAUAAAUCGUUAUUAGAUAUACUAGCAAUUUAAAAUUUCCACGGCGGAAUAGAUAAGCGAAAGUGUAUUGCGUAUUUUUAUUUAUUUAAUUUAAAUUUAUAUGAAUACUGGGCUCUACUGAGAAAAAUCGUGUGGGUAAUUUGUAUUAGGCACAUUUAUAUGUUAUAAUCAUUAUUAGACUGCUCGGGGUAUGCCAUGUCAAUCUUCACAGUUUAAUUGUUACCAUUGUUGACAUUAAUAUUCAUUUUAGUCAUUUUGAUGAAAACGGUUUUUAUUUUUCGAAUAAUGUUUAUUUUAUAAUAUUAUUGAAAGUUGAACGAUAUCAUAUCAAUCAGGAUGUCAAUUCAAAUUCAACGUAUUAUAGAUAAUAUUUUUAAAAAAAGAGCAGAUGCUGCUGACAUGGGUGCCACGUUGUUGUAUGUGAUUAGUUGAAAAGAUAAAAUUCAUUGAGUUAUUUGAUUUAUAUCAGUAUAACAGUGUACAGAACAAUAAAUCAUUGCUAGCGAAAACAAUUUUGAGCAAAGUUCGAUUAAACGUGUAUUGAAAUCCGGUCAUUUUUACGGUUUCGUCAACAUUUGAAAAACUCAUUAAAAAAAAAAAAAUGUACCACAACGUUAAACUAAACCUUAUCACCAAGGAUUAAUGAAGAACCUCGUGUCAAAUUUGCAUGCGUUUUGGCGGAGCCAAUAAAAACAACGUCUAAUAUACGUAAAUUAUCCACAUCUAGAAAAGACUAAGCAUUCUGUGAAAAUUUUAGAUAUCUACGAUUAUUUUUAACCGAACUAGGUGGAACAAAACAACAAAUGACAACCUUUUAUACAUUUUAUAAAUAGAUGGAGUAUUAAUUAGAAUAAUUUUUGGUGUUGACAUUUUUGAUUUUCGUCGAUUCGUUGAAGAGAUAUUCCACUUUUAAGUAUGAGUCGUGGAAGAGUAGUGGUAAGUACAUUAUUAAAACGCCGCGCACCGUACUGCCGUAAUUUCUGGUAGAAAGAAUCGUUUGAAAAGAUAAAAAAAUCAAUUAAAUUGGUAAUGCAUCGGUAUCGGCACGGCACAUUGUGAAUUUCUUCGUUUUUCCUACGUUUUAUCCCAAUUAUCACGAAAACCGUUAGAUAAUCAAUAAAUGCCUCGCUACGUUUCGAAUUUAAAAUGUUGUUAAACUUUUUCAUACAAUGUUUAUAAUUCCUUCCAAUUGUUUUUUUCGACACGUUUUGAUUGUCUAUUUGUAAAUUUUUGGCUGAACUCUUGCUAGAUGAUGUUUACGAAAAUGUUUAUUUUGAUCAUACUAACUGCGGUAAAAUAUGAAGAUAUAUUACGUAUCUAUCAAUAUAUUUAUAUAUAUGUAUAUAGAUAAUAGAAAUGAUAUAUGAAAAUAGACAUCUUUGUCACGUAUCUUUUCUGAAACUACUAGACCAAUUUUUACGCGGUUUUUCGCAAAAUGAUCCCGCAUUAACCGGAGAAGCUGUUAAACUAUUGAAAUUCUUGAUCUAACCUUACGACGAUUAGCGUUUAGAUAGUAUAAAAAUAAGCAUUUAUUGCAUGAGCAAAGCCCAACGGGACAGCUAGUAUAUUAUAUAUCAUACUAUACAAUUAGUAAAUUAUUUUAUAUUUAUGUUACCCUUCAUAAAUUAGCAGAAUGGACUAUUAUGUAUAAUUACAAAAAUAGUAUUCAACAUAUUCUUAAAAAUUUUACUGAGUUUGGGUGGUAUAUAUUUAUUUAUACACAAGCGUCACGAGUUGUUCUUGGCCCCAUACAAAGUAGUAUGGAGUAUCAAUAGUAGUUCAUUUUAGACUGCAGACAUAUUUCCUUUUUUACACUAUUUUACUUAUAAAUUUAUUAUUAUUCUAUAAUUAGGACAGAAAAAUGGUUACACGAUUGUUGGAACCGAUUAUUUUAAUAUAAUAUUUAAAUGAUUAAUAGUAGAUACAUUUAUUAUACAAAAAAAUGUAUAAAAGUGUGUUGAACAAUAUUUAAAUGUCUUUUUUAAAAUAUUCAGUUUUCAAAUAAAACAUUUCUUCGUUAUGUUACAGAGUGUACUGUCUCACGUGUACUUGACAUUAAAUAUUUUAGGAGUAAAAUUGAUUGAAUUGGAGCUUUUUGAAAUUUCGAUUUUUAUUUUUAUUUUAUUUUUUUUAAUUAACAGAUCCCAACAUCUAUAUUGAUAAUAAUAAUGCGUACUAUUUUCAAAUUUAAAAUAGUUGUAAUUUAGUUAAUUAUAGCUAUAAGACCAUAAUAAAUAGAUCAAAAUGACUUAAUAACUAACCUAAAGUUAAAUGUAUAAAAAAAACCAGGUAACUGGGUGUAAUAAACAAAAUAAAUCAUAAUAUGUUUGGUCAUCAAUAUAUUUGUAUUUAUUAUAAUCAUCGUUUAACCAAGGGAAACCAGAUAUCUACAGAAAUCAAUUUAAAUUUGUUUCUAAGUCCAAAAUGUAUGUAUGAGCACUGGUCAAACUUAUUAUUCUAAAAACCUAUACUGUAUUAAAUUCAAAAAAUUUCAUAACGACGAUCGGAUAAGUGUAAUUCAGAGUCAACCAGUUUGUUUACUGUUUCAAAUAUAAUAUAUAAGAGAUUAAAAUAAGUUUUUAUCUAUUCGGUUGUAUUGCCAAAUUUACAAUCUGAAAUUUUGAACAUUGGUGAAGAACUAGACUCAAUAUCUCGAAGGCAGAUUUCUAAAUUUCGAUCCUUGAAUUUCGAAUAAGCGCAACAACACAAAACAAUGUGUACCUACUUAGUACCUAUAAAACAUUUUUUUUUGGAGUGAUGCUAUAUCAAUCCAUUAGAUAAAAUGUUCUACCAACGGUCUAAAGUGCAUUGUUGUUGAUGUUAAUAACAGGAGCAAGUAUUCUAGUAGAAAAUUCGUUUACAGACAUAGACUGAAAAAAAUACACACACACACAUCAUUGAGAGGAUGUUAUAUUGUAAUAUACCGGACGACAAUGUUGCAAAAACAUCUUUAUUAUAUUAUGUAGAACUUACUUAAAUUUAGUUUUAAAGUUAAAGUACCAAUUAUAAAAUCAAUAGAGGUCAAUUUUCUCAAGGGUAAAAUUAUGAAUAUUUUCUAUUAUUUUAAAUACAUUUCCAAAUAUCGUUUACAUAUUUUUUAAUAAUUUCUUAUAUUUUAAUAACUUAAUAAAUUAAUUUCAAAAUAAACAUCGUCUUACCCUCUGAAUUAUUUCCCUCUUUUAAUUUUUGUAAUAGAUGCUUUUACUCUAAAACCAAAAUUAAGAAAGUUCUAUUCGUGUAUUUGUAAGGAUGAUUUUGCUAUGUUUUACCACAGCUAGUUGGACUGAAACAGAACAAGCUGGUACAACGUCCUGUUAAAGGAGAAUAUUAUAUCUAUUGUAUAGGUAAUCGACAUUUUACACGCAAUAACAAUGUUUGUAUUUUAUUUUAUAUGCUUAUAAACUAGGGGUGGCCAACAAGACCUCCCCGGAGUAAGAGUUAUGUGCAAACAAUAAAUAAAUAUACUACAAUAUUAUUAUAUUAUACACCUAUAAAUACUGCUAUACCUAUAAUAGUAAUUAGUAUAAUAUAAUAUAAUAAUAAUAUACUACUUUACUAAUAGAAUUCCUCUACUAUUAUAAAUUAUUAUUGAUAGGCAAUAAGUACUAUGUUUAUCAUUAGGAAAAUAAUUUAUAUUGUUAAAUUGUGUUUUCAUAUACACAUACAAAAACAUAUUAUAUUUUGUAUCCUAGGCAAAUCGUCGAAUUUUAUAAUUAGAACUCAUCAGCAGUGAGCUCUUUCCACUAAUAUAAGUAUUAUCAGUAGCGUAUAAAGAAAUACAAAAUUUUUAAAGAGGGGAAGAGACAAUAUAUAAAUAGAUAAUAUAAUUGAAAAUGUAUGUAACAAUAUGUAAACUGUGUGCCUAUAAUAUUGAACUAUUGUAAAUUUUGAAAAAUAUUUCAAAUAUUUCAAAGCAUUGAUAAGGAAAUAUUUGCAUUUAAAAAAUCCGAGAAUUUUCACUAAUCGAAAAAAUGUUUUCUGAAAAAAAAAACAUAUUUUAGAAAAACUUAUAGCUUUUCGCCACAUUUCGGACCUAAAAUAAUUAAACCUUUAAUUAACUUUAAUUAAAAGAUGUUUCCACACAUACAUUUUUCUGUCUGUCUCACACUUAAUAUAACAUAAAUAUAUAGUAAUAUUCCUUACUUCAACGAUUGUGAAUCUCUGGUAGAGUCUAGUGCAAAGGAAACAAGAGGAAAAUUUUGUAACGAAGAGUAUUGACUAGUGUAAGACAUAUCUUUGGAUUCUGAGCAUAGCGAGAAAUAUAUUAGUUUUACUAUGAUGUGUACUUAUUUUUGUGUCAGUGAUCAACUUUUUUACUAGAAACUAUUUGAUUCCAAUUAAAAAACGAUAAAAGAUGUUUUUGUUGCAUUUUGGAUUUAGAUGAUGCAUUAAGGAAAUCAUUUAUUAAUUUUCCAAAAAGUUUUCAAAAUAAUUGGGAUACAUAACGUAUGUAGGAAAACUUUUCUACUUUUGUUUUUCACUAAAAAUGUUGCAACAAAUUUCAAAAGUAGUAUUUCAAUUUAUAUGUAAGACGGUUGUUUAUGUAAUUAUUUUAACAAUUGGAACAAUCCGAGAAAUUUUUUAGGAAAAACAGGGAAAUUCACGGCAAAUAUUAGUAUAGCUCUUGAAUCUCAAACGAUUUUAAAAUUUUUUUUUAUGUAUAAAGUGUUUACGUUGUGUUUACAUUAAAAAUGUAUAAUUAGUCUGACGAACUUAAUUUGGAGUUACGAAGGAAAACUUAAAAAAAUUCGGUUUCUAGUUUCGCGUAUUUCUUAGGAACGAUUAGAAAUACAACAAGUCUUAAGCGUAGGUAUAAUUUUCUGAUUUAAGUGUAUAAUUUUUAAGUUAAAAAAUGUUUAAAAUUUUAACACAAGGUUCAUUAAAAUUUUUAUUUAAUGUUACAAUUGAUCAAUGUUUAAAUUUUGAUGAAAUUAGUAAAAAAUUACGGUAUUUCAAAAUAAUGACCCACGUGGCCUAUACUUAUUGUUCCUACUUACAUUAAAAGUUAUUGGUUUUUUAUUUGACGAAUAAGUUGUAAUAUAGUUAAUGUAAUUAUACUCAUCAUUAGUUUAGCCAUCUCACAUCGAGAGAAAAUACAUUUUCUUUUUUUAUAAUAGUUAUAAGUUAUAAUAUUGUUUUGAAUAUAUAAUAUAAUAAGCACCUAUAUAAUUUAUAAAACUCUAUAUUUUGUAAAUUGCGUAUUUUGUUUGUUUAGUUAAAUCUUUUAAUAAUAAUAAUUUUACAAUAUUCUAGGUAAAAAAAAAAUUAGUUUUAUUCAUAUUUCAGAGUCGAAAUUAUUUGUAGUUUUCAAUAACAAAAUUCGAAAGACUUACUUAGGUAGUGAAAAGGUUUUACUAAAUAAAUUAGACGCUACUUUUUAAGUCGUAUAUUUAGGUACAACACAUUUAAUGAAUAGGUAUAUUACUAAUGACAGAUAUUCAUGUUUAAUUUACAUGUUUUUUUUUUUUUUUUUUUUUAUGGAUAAUUACUCUUCUUUUAAUGUUACUAAUUAUAAACAUACUUUUGUUUUUUUAAACUUUUUUCUGACGAAUUUGAACAUUGAGAUUUUUUAGUAUAAUGGCCAAUAUAUAAUUAAAACCUAUAGUUAUUACGUAAUAACUGUUUCGAAUUUACAAUUUGACUAAUUUUUUUUCUUUUAGAUUACAUUAUGUAUUAUAAAGGAUACUACUAAUGUGUGUACCACUAUUGUAGGUGGAAAAUUGGGAAGGUAGGAUACAAUAAGUUAUUUAAUUUAUAUCUGUAAGCAACGAUAAAUGAAAUUCGUUGAACAUUUUACCAUGUCUAGAAAAGGCAAAUAUGGGUUUUCUGUAUACAAAUUGCAAGUCUUUAUAAAUAUUUUUAAUUGAAUUACAACAAAAAACCAAAUUGAAAAAAAUAAAACAUUAUUUUCGUAAUGUUCGCGAAAUGUUAAUGUAGUUUUUAUUUGAUGGGAACUACGUAAAUACAGAGCCUAUUUUGUGUGUAAUACGCCACAUUUUGUGUAGUACGAAAUUAUAAAAUGUGUGGAGUGUUAUAAAAAAAUAUUACUAAAUUAUGUUUUGUUGUUAUAGUAUUUUUUAAUUGUUUAACAAAUUUAGAAAAAGUAUACUAAAGCAAUUUGGUCAAAUACAAAGUAUUUUAAAAUGUGUUAUUUAUUAUUAUGAUGUUUUAAAACUUGUUAUCUUAAUGCUUGUUAGAAAUAGCUUACUUACUUUGAAUAAGAAAUUAAACACAGAGGAACGUUAUUUACACAAACUAGUUGAUAAUAUGUAAUUUAUUUUUUUUAAGUUUACUUCUUACACUACCCAUACAUUUCUCCUUGAUAAAGUUUAAACCUGGAAAUAUUUGUUUAAAAAAAAAUUGUAAAUAGCUAUAAAUGGUAGAAAAAUCAGUGAAAUAAUUGUAUUUAAGGGUAUGGAGGCAAAUGUAUUUAUGGUUUAAACUAAAAAAUGUGUAAUACAAAAUAUUACAAAAAAUAGGCCCUGCGUGAAUAUCAUUGUUUGACUAAAUAUAAAUGUUUUAAAAUUUAACAUGAGGUUCAUUAUAAGUUGUACUAAGUGAUCAAAGAAAACAAAAUAGAAUGUAAUGUAGUAAUUUUUUAGAUUUAGAGUGUAGCGAGGAAUUAUUGGUUUUACAAUGAUAUUUAUUUUUUAUUAUGAACAGCUUUUCUACCAGAAAUCAUGCUCUGAUUUAUCAAAUGCAUCACUUUUUUUGAAAGGAAAUUUUUUCUACUUGGUUCCCUAAACAGGUCAUUUUCCCGUUUUUUUCUACGUUUUUUCUUCUUAUUAUGAAAAUCAAAAAAUGACCUUAGCAUACGUACGCACAAUACUAUUUUUAGAAUUUACUCAAUAGCCAUAUUCGAAGUAAAUUGAUUUCCAGGGGAAAGUGUGCUUUUUAUACUCCCUCCCUCGUUCAAUAUUUAUUAUAUGUAUUUUAAAAAUACAUAUUUUUACAAAAAUAAAAACGGCAAUAAUAAAACUAAUAUAAAAUAAUUAUGAAUUCAAAAUCUUCCCCAUUAAAUUGGAUUGGGUAUACAAUAUUUCUAAACCUAAAUAUUAAUUAUUUUAUGUAGCGCACCUUGAUUUUAUAUUUGGAGCGUAGCGAGUAUACACGUUUUACUGUAUGUGUCUGAGCAACUUUUCUACCAGAAAACUUGCUCCGAAGUACCAAAUGUAGCACCUUUUCUGUGAAGUAACUAAAUCUAGUUGGUGCAUUUAUUUAUUCGUAUGACAAAACAGAAAACAAGCAAUAAUGUUUAUGAUAAUUAUAACAAUUAAUAAAAUAGAACAUUAAUAAGGCUAUAUCGGCAAGACAAUAAUCAUAAUAAUCAUAAUAAUAACAACAAUGUAUAUAAAUAUGUAACUUUUUACUAGAAUAGUGAACCAAUUUAUCUCCUCUUGGAUAUCAUCUGUAAUUUGAUUUUGAGGUUUUGUAUUCAUUAAAUAGUUUCCGGAGAGGCAUUGAACAUACCUUUAGUUCGCCGUCAAAUUACCUGAUGCAUUCAGUUAGUAUAUGCGAUAUCGUCUUGUGUGGAUAGCCGCAUUUGCAGUUCGAGGUUGGAAUCACGUUCCAUAUACAUAAGGUAUCUACCAUGUCCUGAGCGAAUGCGAUUUUGGAUAGUCCAUUCUUUCCUGGGGAGAUUAUAUCCAAGAGGUUUGUUUGUAGGCUCUUAUAGGUACUUUUGUUCAUCCAGUUUUGAAGCUUCCCAUUAUUUUUUCCAUGUCUCGUUUAUAUUGAAGUCCGUGUUGUUAAGUGCGGUAGCAGAUUUCCAUAGUGGAUUGUGUGAUUUAAGUCUUGGUGGGUUCUAGAGGGAUUUUGCGAAAGUGUGUAUAGGCAGGCUUAGAUUGGAGUUGCAUUUUAUCCAUUCCUUUAACAACGUAUUUCUACGUCGAAGGAUGGAGCUAUGUAGCUAUGUAGGUGCAUUAAGGAGGUGAUAUAUAUAUUUUUUUUUAAUUUCUUAGAAGUUUUCAAACCCCUUUAUGGAGAAAACCCGAAAGAAAAUUUAACGUAUAACGGAAAUUUUUUACGACCUGCCGCGGUGUUACCGUUUUCAUUGUUUUUAAUUUUUGCAACUUAUAUUUUCUACCAGAAAUAUACUCCAAUCGAAAAUAACAAGAAACCUUUUUUAUUUAAUUUUUAAUCUUAUUUGUGAAUAAGCAAUUCUUUUUUUGAUUCUUUUUUGGUAGUUUUUGUAUAAUUGAGAAAACCCGGGAAAUACGUAGAAAUAUCAGGACAAUUUACGAAAAUAAUUCUUUUAUUAUUUUAAUUUUGUUUUUUGUAAUAUAAUUCAGUUAAAAAUAUUCAUAGACUUGAAAUUUUGACAGAAAUCUUUUAUUUGACCUACCCCUUCUGAAUUAGUAUAUAGUUAUUUAAAAAAACUAUCUACUAAUUAACAAAUCGAUUAACAAUUCAAAUCUUAUUUUUGUUGUAAUAUAGAGAAAAAAUAUUUUUACUCUUCAACAAUAAUCAACUGUUUAAGCGAUUGGUAUAGGCCUUGGUAGUUAUGCCAUAUUAUAGAGAUGAUAGAGAUUAUGUACCUACCUACUAUUUGCCAAUAAUAAUGGUAUUCGUUCGAUUAAUUGCUUGAACGCCAAUUAUUUCACUACCUACCUUUAUUGAAGAUACAACAAUUGAAUGUCAAAUCGAACAACCACAUUUAUUAUGACAAAAAUCGGUGAAAUGCGUCUCUCCUAAAAAGCUCACAGUCAAAUUUCGGCCUAUGUAAUUUUGAAACGUUCGUAAAUUGUGACUUGGGAUGGCAACAAUAUGGGGUCAAGAAAAAAAAACAAGUAGGGAAAAAAAACGAACGAAAAAAAAUCAAUAUAUUAUUUUACAUAUAAUAUAAAAAGUAAUACUAUUGAUUAGUACUACAUUAGUACUAUGAAAUAGGUACCUACACUAUAUUUGAAUACCAUUAACUAUAUUAUUAUAUAUUCAAUGAUAAUAUUUUAAAUGUUAUCACAAAAAUAAUUAUCGGAGCAAGUUACCUACAAACGGCAUCCGGCGUAUGCUAUACGAGUAUAUAUUAUGCUAUAAUAGUCAUAGCUUUAAUUUUAAGUUGAUUUGUAUACAUUUUGUACUUAUAUUACAAUAGUAGUCAUUUUUGUUACAUUUGAUUUUGAUUAUGAACUGCAGAUUUCGAUAAUUUGCUUCGAUAAUUAUUUUUGUGAGAACGUUUAAAAUAUUAUCAUUGAAUAUAUUAUAAUAUAGGCAAUAGUCUAAAAUAUUGUGUAGGUACUAUGGUACCAUAUAGAUGGUGUAUGGUACUACAUAAUAUGUAGUACUAACGAAUAAUAUUACGUUUUAUACUAUAAUGUGUAAAAUAAAUAUAUUACUUUUGUUUUAAUAGCUUUUUUACUUGUUUUUUUUUUCCAAACUCCAACAAUAUAUCGAUAUAUCAAAUAUAACGAUACUCUUCGUCGAUAAUCGUCCAUUUUUUUCUUUCGAUAUUUUCUAACCGAUACAUGACCCUGAUAUUUUUGAACGUGUGUAAACUGCGUCCCCUUAUUUCAAUAUAAGUAAUAUUCUAAUAUUUACAAUAUACGUAAUAAUAAUAAGUAUGUUCUUUCCCUGUGGUAUGGAAUGAGAAUUAGAAGCGUGUCAAAGUAGGUGUGUUUGAGGCAAUUGCCUCGUGAGUCGUGACCAAAAUAGUUGAGCAGGUGGAUGACCAAAUAUAUGGAAUGAUGAUUAAGAUUACCUAACUAGUUCAGAGAUCAGAGAUGCACUUAAUUGUGUGUAUUAUAUUAUUAAUAUACUCAUACAAUAUUGAAUAUACAUGCAUACAUACAUACAUACAUACGAAUAUGAUAUAGCCAAUAACAGUAUAUGUACUCAAUUUAACUAAAUAAAGUUUUCGCUGCAAAAAAAAUUAUUUAUAGGGUAUAUAUGAAAGUGGAUUAGUCUUAAUUUUGGUACCUCUACCUAUCGUAAAAUACGACAAAUGUUAUGUCAGGUUAUAACAGCUGGUGUGAAAUUCUGUCUAACAGUAUGUAUAAAGAAACAAAACUGACGGAUUGUCGGAUGUGCCCGGGGAUAACAAAUAAGAGGAGGUAUCAUUUACAGAUGAUAUAGCUUUAAUAGGAGAAAAUCUAGAAUACAUUUACAAUAGACUUGAGGCAUAGAUAGUACAUUUUAAAGGAAAGGAACUAAGGAUAAAAAAAUUAAAAUAGAGUAUGAGUUUGAAGGAACUGGAAAAGACUGCUAACGACAAUAAGCAGGACCAUAUUAGGCGUAGUGGAGAGUUUUAAGUAUCUAGAAUCUUUUGUGAAAAAAAAACGAUGCCUUUCAUGAAGAAGUAAACCUUAGGGUUAAGUGUGGUUGAAUAAAGUGGAAAGAAGCAUCAGGUGUUUUAUAUGACAAUAGAAUUCCAAUGAAACUUAAAGUUAAAUUCUUCAAAAGUGUGGUGAACUGACUUGUAUAGUUCGAAGUUUUAGGCGGUAAACUCAAAUAUAGAACAAAGAAUGAAAGUAACAGAGAUGAGAAUGUUUACGUGGAUGAAUGUAGUAACGAGAGCUGAUAGGAUAAGAAAUGAGUACACAAGAGUGACACGGUCCCCGUGGGCCGCAUCAGCCCCUCAACCAUACAUAUAACCACUUUACCAACUGCUCAAGCCCGGGACGUUAGACCGUUUAAGUCCAACGGAAACAGUGUUAGAAGUCAGGUACCUACCGAGUAACUAGGUGGUAGAGCAAUCGCCUAGCAAGUAAGAGACUCGGGUUCGAUUUAUGGUUAGGCCACCUGAUUCUUAACACUAUUUUCCAGAUGGAAACGGUCAAAUCAAGAGAUAGCUGAGGCGUGGCUUUGAUAGUAGACAAAAUGAGAAGAAAUAGACUGAAAUGGUUUAGGCAUGUCAUGGAGAGAGAGAAAUCUGAACUCUGAAGCCGUCAGAAUUAUAAUGAAAAUAAACGAAGGAGCUAGGAAAUAGGGGAGAGUAAGACAGAAAAAGAGAUCGUAGGAUGUGAUUGAAAGUGAUAUGACAGCUGGUAUAUAUGAGGUUGGAUAUCGGGUCAAGUGGAAAUUUAGAACGAAGGUGAUUGACUCCAAAUAAUUGGGAUAAAGGCGAAGGAGAAGAUAUAUAAUAUAGAGGUAUAUUUACUAUUAGCAAAACAAUUUAAAGAUAAAUAAUGUACAAUAUAGAUCAGUGAUCUUUUCAAAGAUAAAAUGAUAAUGAAUGAUAAUAAUCGUAAUAAAAUGUAAACAUUGAUCUCCGCGUGUAUAUGGUGGCUGACGUCAACGUUUAGUACGAGUACGUAUCUAGGAUUUCUUCUAGGGGGUGAUAUGACCAAAACUAUUUUGCACAUUAGGAGCCAGGGGGACAAAUAUCCCCUUGACCUCUUUUCUUGUAAUCAUACCUUUCCAGUUUCCAUAAAGUGCACUUUUAAUAUGCCAUGAUUUUACUAAAAACUAUACCAACAUUUAUAAUAUUAUACAUUUAUUUUCAUAUUAAGUUAGAUCACAAAAUAAUAUCCAACUAACCAUGAACAUUAGAAUAAUAAACAAUGAUAUUAAUAAUUCAUCAUAAUUAUCUAAUGUUCAUGAAAAUACUAAUAACUAUUAACUAUACCUAUAGUAUAUUGACUACUGUCUACUAUUAACCAUAUAAAUAUAUAUGUAUGAUCACAACUGUUAAAUCCAUAGCUUUUCAUGGAGAGAAAACUCAGCUGACAGUGAUAUUUAUUACCAGCUAGAUUGAAAUAAAACGGGAAUCACAGCCAGUGGCGGCCAUUGUACCUGUGUAUUACAAAGUUGUGAUCAUACCUAUAUAUUUAGCCAUGCUAUUCAUAGACUUAUAAUAUAUAGACCGUGCAUUAAUGAAAUAUAUUGAAGCCAACAUAUGUGCGAGAGAGACAGACUGUGGUGUUACUUCUUCAAGGAGGUUAUAAGCAAUUUUAUAAUACUCCCUGGUAAUAUUUAAUUGAUUACUGAUAACGUUAUCAUCAAAUCAUAAUAUAAUUAAAAAAUUUUAAUUAUUUUGUAUAUUAUCAAUUUCGUUCUUAUUUUGUAUGAACUCCUUGGAAAAGUAACGUUAAAGUUUGUCUCUCGCACAUAAGUUGGUUUCAAGAUGUUAUACACAAAACGAUCGUAAUGCGCGAUCUAUUUAUUAUAAUUCUAUAUAUUACAAUAUGAUGCUAUUAACUAUUAUUGAUAACGGACUGAUUAAGAAUACCUUAGAUCAUAUACUAGUAUAUGAUCUAAGAAGAAUAUCGUUACGCCAUUGAUUAUAGAAUAUUCUAUAAUCAAUGGUUACGCUGCAAUCUAUAACCAUAAUUAAUGGUUGUGGUUGCUGGUUACGCCACCGUCGAAUACUCGAAUACUAUAGACAUUUAAAUAUCUCUUUCUAAGUGCAGUUCAUAUAUUUAUAUGCCUAUGUCGAAUACCUUUAAUAAUAGUAAUAUCUGCCAUUCGUGGUUAUGGUUCAAGAAUUUAAAAGAAAAAUGAAAUUAAUCAGAAAAAAAAAGCUCUGGGGAGGGGGGGGUGAUGUAUCACCCAGAUCACCCCUGUAAACAAGCCACUGUCGUAUUCUAUGACUAUUUUAUUACCGAUAAAUCUGGUUAGAUUUAAGAAAAUACUCUCCAAAAAAUUAAGUUUGAAAAUCAAAAUAAAAAAAAUAUUUUUAACGGAAAUAGUUAAUUCGAUAGUUAGUUGACGGGCCCCAGAAAAGUACAUUAAUUGACAAAAAACAACUAAGUUGCUAACCAUUGAAUAUUGAUAACAUUUUUAUUAAGAUAUCUGCCAUCUUAUCUCUGAGGCGGAUUGACCCAAAUGGAAGGAUGGAGAAGUCUGCCCGGGCUGGUAAGAUUUCUUAUUAUCCGGGCCGGUAUAACUCAACUAAUACCUGUUAUUGUUUAUUUUAAAAUUUAUAUGUUAAUUAGUUAAUUAAAAUUAAUAUCUUUUUAUUGAUAAACAUAUAUUUGUAUUUAAAGUUUAGAAGUCAGAAAAAAAAAAUUCUAAAUACUUAGGUAUUAGUAUAGUACUAUGCACUUGGGUAUACAACAGAUCCUAACCUCCACAAAGAUAUUGGUAUUAAGUCAAAAAUUGGAAAUAUUGUACGAAUAUAUACAUAAAUAUAUAUUAUGCAUAUUGCAAUACGAAUUGCGUUUUAAAUUAAGAUAGAAAUAUUAAUGGAUAUAAAUGAGUGAAUUUGGGUUAAGCAUUAAAUUUUAUGAACAAAGCUGACAAAUAUAAUAUAAUGUACCUUGGGCCACUCGUGUACUUUUUCCUCUAGGCCAAAGUACUCCCAGUCUACCCCUAUCUUAUCUGAUUGCCUGUUAUAAAUGGUCGAACGUAGGAAUAAAAAUAGUUCUAGGAAUCUAAGAUAACGUAGAACUACUGGCAUAUGGUUAUGAGUAAAUGGUUAUAAUAAAUAUUUGAAAUAUAACUCAGGUAGUAAUAUUCAACACUUUGCAUCUAUAGAAUCUAUAGAAAUAUUAUUAAAAUAUAAUUUAUAUUACAAAUUUAAAAUAUUUUUAUUGGUAGGAUAAAAAUAAUGAUAAACAAUAUAAUAGGUAUAAUUAUUAAUACAUAAUGCAUACAAUAAAAAAAAAGAACUGAUACUGGAGACGAGUGCAGCCAUUGUUGUAGGUGGGGAGUUGAGAAGGUAGAAUAAAUAAAGUUAUUUAAUUCAUACCUGUACGUAGAGAUAAACCAUUGCUAACAGAAAACAAUUCGGAGCGAAAUUCUGUAAGACAUAUUUUAAAUUCCGUAAUUUUUACGAUUUUUGUUAAAAUUUGAUCUUACAAAACAGUUAUAAAAAAAAAAAAACUAACGCAUUAAACUCACAUUUGUUUAUUAGACCACUAAGUACACUUUUUCUUUUAAAUCAUAUAGUUUGAAUAACAGAUACCUAACUAAUAAGAAUACGAACAUGUCAAUUAAAUAGCUUAAAAAUUGCUAAUAUGUUUUAAAUAUUUGACCACGUUUACUGCAAAAGAUCAUUAUGAGUAUUUUUUGAAAACUACAGAUCUCUACAAUAUUUUUUAACUUGGAAAAUCAAAAAAAUGACAGCGCUAAUCAUACAAAAUUUACUUUCAGAAAAAGUGCUACACUUGAAAAUUGGAGCAAGUUUUCUGGUAGAAAAGUAAAAAUAAAAGCACACUUAGUAAAAUUAAUAGAUUCAUCGCUCCGCUCCAAAUCUAAAGUAACUCUUGUCUUUAAUCCUCAAAAAAUCCCGUUUAUCCAUUAAGAGUGAUUACCUCCAGGUUGGAAACCGCUGAAUUAUAGAUGAUUAUAGAUUAUAGAUAUGAUUAUAUUUGAUUAUAGAUAAUCAUAAUAUGUUCAUUAUUCACUAAUAUAAUAAAUGUUAUCUUUUUUCCCCUAGUAUAUCCGGCAGCAAAGAGGGAUCUUUUGCACAUGACUACCCUGAUGCUGCCAACGCUUAUUGUAACCAAUAUAAUAAAUAAAUAUAUUAAUGCAUUAAUUAUAAUAAACUUACUCAUGGUGUGAAUGCGCAGGUAAGUCUUCCGCUGCACCCACUUACUAUCAUGUUUGAUAUUAAGGUCUAUAACCAACCAACUGGUCUCGAGACAUCCAUGUCCUAUCCUGGCCAGGUUCAAGAGACCUGUCGAAUUGGAGUCUCAUGGCUGCGUGGAGGCAUUCAUACUGCAGACUUCUUCGGUGGCCGGGAUAGGUUGACCCUGGCUUCCGCCCCCCGCAUCUUCACGUCUUCCUCUUUACGGCACAAAAUGUUCUUGACGAGGUCCAAAGGUGUAUUUACGGGGGGAGAUUAGGAAAAUAUAUCUCCCUCUUAUAUCUAUUACUUAUAUGACGGUACCCAUUUUUCAAAUCAAAUUUCUUUACUUUUUACUCAGAAAAAUAAAAAAAAUUGAUGUAUACACCCUCGCUACUUAUUAUAAUUAAUAGGUAAUGUUAAUUUAUCAAAAAAUCUGAACGUAUACAUUUUCUUGUUUAAAACGAAACCUAUAUUCAAACCACUAAAAUUUGAAGGAGAUUACAUUAGUACCUAUAAAUCGUAAAUUAAUCAACAAUAAUUACCGCCAUUUUGAAAGUCCACUAUUCGGUUUUCCAAUUGAAAAGUAGUGAAAAUGUCCCAGUUUCCAAAAAAACAUCCGCUGUUAGGAAGUAACUGAUAGUGGAGGUUCCACUGUACAUACAAUUCCUCUCUAUAUCCUACUUUCCCCACUUGUCACCUACAACAGUGGCCCAUAAUGUAAAGUAUAUUAGUCUUUUUUUUUUUAAUUUUACACAUUUAUGCAAGACAAAAUACAUGAAUUACAAAAAAAACUAAUUAUUCGUUUGGACUUCGUACGAUAAUUAUAUUACACUACACAUUUUUAUUAGUUUCUUAAUACAUAUUUUCAUUAUAUACAUUUUUACUAGACACGUCAUUAUUAAUUUCAGAUUCGGAGUGGACCAAGGAAUAUAUUAGUUUUGCGAUGAUGUUUAUUUUUGGUUUUCUUUGAACAACUUUUCUACCAGAAAACUUGUUCCGAUUUUCAAGUGUGGUAACUUUUUUGAAAUUUUCUGAUUUUAUUUGGUUGGUAUAUUACGGAGGUAAUUUUUUGAUUAUCCAAGCGGUUUUCAUAAUAAUUGGGAAAAACCGAAAAAAAACUUAGAAAAAAUGGAAAAAUUUACGAAUUGUAUUAUUUAAAAUUUUUUCAUUCAGUUAAAAAAUAUACGUAGAGACUUGAUAUUUGGACAGAAAAUGUAUAUUUGUCUUUUAUAGACGUGGUAAAAUGUUUAAAACAUUUACCCAUUUUUAGACAUUUUAAUUUUGAAUAAUUAUACAUUUAUUGUAGGUACAUAUUUUUACUUAUGAUUUUAUUAAUUAUUAGUACAGGCAUUAAAAAUAAUGCUCUGUUGAGUAAGUAACCUAUAUAAGUAGGUAAUAAUCUUAAAUUGUGAUAUUUACCUAUUAGUUAUUAUGAUUUGAAUUAGGUUAAAACUCUGAACCAGACAUUUGACUCAUUUAGAUAGGUACUUAUAUAAAAUGUAAAUAUGUUAACGUAUAGGGGAGCAACAAUGAAUCCGCAGGAGAGGAAGUUGCAUACUCUGUUUAAUCUGGUUUUAAUUUACAAAAUAAUUUAUUUACAAUUUAAUAACAAUUAAUAAUCAAACUUUUGUUUUAUAUAUUUUUAGUGCCCUUGAGUAUGAAAGCAUUCAAUAAGAAAUAUAUUAUUUUUGAUGGGAUAGAUACAAUUAGUGAAGUUUAUUUAAAUAAAAAUUUAAUCGGCUCAACCAAUAAUAUGUUUGUUAAGUAUACUUUUUCAGUUGAAAAAUAUCUUGAGGUAAUUGUAUAAUAAUCAUAAGUACCCAUAUAAUCGCCAAUCAUUACCCUAUUAUAUUUAUUUUUAAAAUUGUUGUUUUUCAUUGUAAUAUUAAUUAUUAUUUUAUAACAUUAGGAAGGAGAUAAUAAUCUAGAAGUCGUUAUUUAUUCACCUAUUCAUGUGGCAAAUAAUAUGUUUAAUAAUUCACUAAACAAAAUCCCACCAUUUUGUGUUCCCAAAGAAUACAAUGGGGAAUGUCAUGUAAACUAUUUAAGAAAAAUGCAAAGUUCAUUUGGAUGGGAUUGGGGUCCUGCAUUUCCAUCUGUUGGAAUAUGGUAUUAUAGUUAUACAUUUCAAUUAUCAUUAAUCAAUAAAAAUAAAUAGAAACUGUGUGUUGGUUAUGUUUUAGGAAAAGUGUAAGAUUGAUUAUGUUUCAUGAAAAUGUAUUAGAAGAUAUUAAAACUGAAACAAUUGCGACAAAUGCAUCACAUUGGUUAUUAAAAACUGAUAUAUAUGUUCAAUGUUUUGAAAGUAUUUCGGAUGCUAAAAUUAAAUUAGCUCUAAAUACUAAGAAAAAUGUUUUGAGCAAAGAACAAGAUUGUUGUAACAAUAUUUGCGUUCAAAAUGAAACACACGCUGAGAUUGAAUUGUAUAUACCAACGGUAAUAAACAUUUUUCUUAUUGCGUAUUAGGAAAUAGAUUUACGAACAUUUGCAUAAUUAUUAUAAAUUGCUUAAAAACUUUUUUUAAUAGCAGAUUAAGUUUAAAAUUUGUUUCAUAAUACAGAAAAGCUGAAUUUAAAAUAUUAUUUUGCAAUUUUUUGAAUUGUGUGCUAUUUUUGAACUUUUUGGAAUAUAUUACCUAGUUAUUCACUUAUUUUUUUAUUUUAAUAAUUUGUCAUAUUUUAUGAAUUAGAAACAGUGCUUGGAUUUUGUAGUACCUAUUUGCUAAUUAUUUAUUUAUUUAUCAAUAUUAUAUAGUUAUAGACACACAUAUCAUACUAAUACACUAAUUAUUGUAGAACACAAAUAAAAAAAAAAAUUAAAUAAACACAAUUGUUUUAUACAUAAGGGAUUCCAAAUGGAAAAUAUACUUUUUUAUCUUGUAUAUUAUUCAUAUUUGAUGCAUAUUGGGCUUUUAGUACUAUUUUUCAUUUUGGCUUUGCUAUUUGUUACAUUUUUAGUUCAUAUUAAAUUGAAAAAUAUAUAGGUAAUGCUAUCCCGCACGUGGUAUUAAUUGUUCAUUGUUUUUACCUUUAUUCUUGUUUUGCUUUGCCCGUAUAUCAGUAUAUUAAACAAAAAAAAAGAGGGUGAAAAAUGUUCUAGUGGGACAUACAUUUUUUCAUCAAUGUUACCAUAGAUACCCAUACAGUACAGGGACUAAACUAUAUAUCCAAUAUAAUAAAGCUUAAAUUUUUGAGGAUAAAAUAGUAUUGCAGUAGUGUUGUUAUUGUACCAAAAUAUACAAAGAUUAAAAUAUAAUAUUUUACUUGUUUUCACUUUUCACUUAUUUACUCAGUACAGUGUAUAUUUUUUUGUUUUUUUUUUCAUCCAUGUUACCAAGGUAGCCCAUCUUAUUUCAAGUCAAUAAUAGAUCAACAGACAGUUUUAAGUUAUUAUAGUUGUUAAGGCAUUAUUAUUUCUGUUUAUUAUUAUUAAUAUUUUUUAUUUGUCUCAUCCCUGUUACUAAAGUAAUCCAUAAUUAAACAAAAAAAAUUUAAUUUUUGUACCUAAAAUACCAAAAAUUCUUUCAUCCUCUUAAAGUUUUAUUUUAGCAGAAAAAGGUAGUUUAUGUGUUUCUCAAAUUCAUCAAAAUUGGUUCAGUGGUUUAGGUGUAAUAUAAUAUAUACAAUACCCUUAAUACAAUUAACUCAUACAUACAUUGUGCAUAUACAUAAAACUUAUAAGUAACCCUUUGUCCUUUCAAAAAUCUUUAAGUUUGCAAUACAAAAUAUUGAGGGUCAACAAUCGAGAUUAAAACUAUCUUAUCUCUCAAGUUGGACCAAAUAAUACCCAUUUACAAAAUUUCAUAUAAAUUUAGCAUUUUUGGAGAUUACCGCGAAUGAAUAUUGUGAUACAGCAUUUUUAUACAAAAAGAUAUAAAAUUUAAAAAAAUAGUAAAACUAGGUAACAGAAAAGUUGGAAUUUAUUUUAAAAAACAAAACAAUAAAUUCAAAUUAUUGAUAUUUAAAAAAAAAAAAAAAUAUGGACAUUAUAUUGUCAUAAAAUGAUAAUAUCCUAGAAUAACAUCUACUUAAGUUUACACUUUGAUAAAUACCUAAUUAUUAAAGUUUAUGUGAUUUGUGAAUUUUAAGCUUUUAACUACAUAUUUUUUUUUCAUUUCAAGUCAAUUUUCUACGAUUUGUUUACAUAAUUUAUCUUUUUAAAUUUUAGUUUUACAAGUUUCUUCUUCAGUUAAAAAUGUUUUCCUACCUACUUUAAUAAGAAAUGUAUUAACAAUACCCUAUUUUUAAUAUUUGCAAUAGGCUAAAACAAAAAUGCUUUUGCAAAUACAGUAUUUGAACAUCUGAAAAAAUAAUUAAAAGAAUCACAUUAUUUAACAUUUAAAAUUAAACUUAUCCCACUUGAACAUAUUUUUUAUAAAUACCUAACUACUUAAUAUUUAGUUGUGUCUAAAUUUAAAAUAAUUAUAUACUACUAUCUACAUGUAUACAAUAUUCAGUUACUAUCUAUUCUACAUGUUUUUUUUUUUUAAUUAAAUAAUUUGUGUAAAUAAAUAUUUUAGACUGAUGUAGAUACUUGGUGGCCCAAUGGUUAUGGCGAACAGCCAUUAUAUAAUUUAAGAAUAGAAUUUAAAACUAAAUAUGAUGUUCAAUCAAAAACAAUUUUCAUAGGAUUUAGAACAGCAAAACUUAUUCAGGAACCAAUUGAUAAAAAUGAUCCAAAAAUGGGUAAAAGAUUCUAUAUCAAAAUUUGAUUAAGAAUUUAAUGUGUUUAUAUUUGUUUAGGAUUAUCUUUUUAUUUAAGGAUAAAUGAUGUGGCAAUUUUCGCUAAAGGCACUAAUUAUAUUCCAGCCAAUAUAUUUCCAGAGAAAAUGUCUAAUAUAAACAACAUCAAUCAUUUAUUAAAUUCAGCAAAACAAGUACAUAUGAAUACUAUUCGUGUGUGGGGAGGUGGAGUUUAUGAAAGUGAUGAAUUUUACAAAGUAUGUACCUAAAAUUUUUAAGGUAAAAUGUUGAAUUCAAAAUAAUUUUUAAUUUGAUUUGUAGAUAUGUGAUAAAUUAGGUAUUAUGAUAUGGCAAGAUAUGAUGUUUGCUUGUAAUAUGUAUCCAGCAAGUAAAAAGUUUUUGGAAAAUGUUGAAGUUGAAAUAAAACAGCAAGUUAGACGGUUACAAUAUCAUCCUAGUAUAGUAAUAUGGGCAGGUAAUAAUGAGAAUGAAGCUGCUUUAAGGGGUAAUUGGUAUGGAACAAGAAAAAACUUUUCUUUUUUCGCCUCCGAAUAUAUUUCACUAUAUGUCAAUACAAUACGAAAGAUUGUAACAGAGGAAGAUAAAACAAGAAAUUAUUUAGUAUCAAGUCCAUCAAAUGGUUUAAAGUCUGACGAAGAAAAUUAUAUAGCAGAAAAUCCAUAUAGUGCUUUGUACGGAGACGGUAAAAUAAAUAUUUAUAUUCAUCAAUAGAUAAACUUAAUUUUUAAAUGUUUAUAUAUUGUAGUGCAUUAUUACAACUAUGAAGUUAAUAGUUGGAGUACAAUAUUUUUUCCAUGGACUAGAUUUGCAUCAGAAUAUGGACUACAGUCCCUGCCUGCAUAUCAAACUUUGCAAAAUGCUUUUGAUGCAAAUGAUUUAAUUGAUUUCCCCUCUCCGGCAUUAAUUCAUAGACAACAUCUACCUUUGGGUUAUAGUUUCAUGUUAUACCAAAUAGAAACAAAUUUACCUGUUCCUGUAAAGCCUACUAUUAUUGAUUAUGUUUAUUUAAGUCAAGUAAUUAUAGAACCAACUUAUUUUUAAUAACUAUUACUAUUAUUUUAUUAUUAGAAAUGUGUUAGAUUGUUCAAGCCAGGGCAAUGAGAAUACAGACCGAGUGGUAUCGGAAACAUAGAAAUACAUUAUUAAAGGAUGGUAGAGGUUUAACAAUGGGUGCAUUGUAUUGGCAGUUAAAUGAUGUAUGGCAAGCACCAACUUGGUCGUCAAUAGGUAAUAAAUUAAUUUUUAUAUCAUAUUUCUCAAUAAAUAUUUUUUUAACUGCAUUCACGUCUCACACAUAUAAAUAACAGAUAUACAUGUAUUAUAAACAUUUUAAAAAGUUAUUUAUUAAAUUAUUACGUAGAGCCCUAACCUAUUUUAUUCAAGUUUGAAAUUUUUAAUUUCAGAUUAUAAUCAACGGUGGAAAAUGUUACACUAUAGCGCAUUGGAUUUUUUUCACCCGAUUAUUGUGGUUCCAGAACUGGAGGUUUCAAAUAAUUUAUCAAUACAUCUGGUUUCUGAUAUUUUAAUGGAUUUGGAAGUUAUUUUAAAUGUAGAAAUUUAUAAUUGGGAAAGCAAUAUUCCACUUACUACAUACAUGACGGAUAUUAUACUAUUAGUAAAUAAUUAAGUACUAAAUUCCGAAAUAUAAUAUAAAAUAUACACCUAAUUUUUAGUUUAACAGCUCUUCAACUGUUUUAGAAAAAUAAUAGUGCUCAGCUUAUUUUCAAUGAAAAUUAUUUUAAUUGGUUAAAAUCGAUAACAAACAAAUGUGGUCUAAGUAAAAAACAACAGAUUCAAUCUUGUUUUCUACAUACAAUGGUAUACUACAAAAAUAUGACAGAAGCAUCUCCUUCAAACUAUUUAUUUCCCACUUCAUUUAAUAAAAUUGUUGGUCACAGGACACCUGAUAUAUCAGUGAGUGUUUUUUUUUCUUUUAAUGUUUUGUGUUUUCUUUUACUAACAUUCAAACAAUGUAUAAUGCUAGUUAUGAAAGUUUAACCAUUUAAUUAUUUUUUAGUAUCCGCAUACUUUUUAAUAAUUUUUUUAAUUAAUACAUUUAACAUGAUUUCAAAUAAUUAUUUUUUCACAAAUCAAAAUAAUAAUAUACCUAACCUAACAUGUUAUAAAAUACAAAGAUUUAUAACUAUUAUAAACAGCUAAGAGGGAAUUUGCUAUAUCUUCCUCUAAUGGUCAAUAUAACAACAAUGUAUUUAAUUACUUUUAAUACAACUCAGUGUUUAAAAUAGACCUAAAACAAAAAUUAGAGCACUAAAUAAAAAAUUACAACAUUGAUUAUGUUUUAAAUGGGGUAUUUUUUGAUAUAUAUAUAUAAAUUAUAUUUUUUUUUAUCUUGAUAGAAAGUUGUAUAGUAAAUAAAACAAAACAUUUAUCUUGUAACAGUUAAUAUUUUCAUUUUGCUAUGUUGAUAAUUAGAUAUGACACCCUCUUAAAAAAAUUCUGGAAAUCUAUUUAAAGUAUUUAUCUUAAUUUUCAAGUGUUUUACUUGAAUAAUUACAAAUUUAAUCAGCAGUUAAUAAAUUAUGUUAUUACCUAGUCUCUAAAUUGUUCUUAAUGAUCAUUAUUGAUAAUAAAUUAUUUGAUGAUUUGAAAUUAAUCAUAUAAAUGUAUUUUAUAAAAGUAUGCUAACAUAUAUUACACUUUAAUUAUUAUACCAUUAUAUAUCAUACAUAAACAUGUGUAUGUAUAUAUCUAGUAUAAAGUCUGCAAAUAAAUUAACAUUUUGUUACAGGUUUCAAGAAUUUGGCAAAACAAAAAAAAUGAAAUAAAUGUUGAAUUGGAAUCAACAGGAAUAGGUUUAUUUGUUUGGUUGAAUGUUACUCAAAUAGAUGGCUAUUUUAAUGAUAACGGAUUUAUUAUGUUGAAUAAAACAAAAACUGUGAUAUAUAUAUCAAACAAAGAUAUUUCAAUAAAACUAUUUAAUUUAAAAAUUUCUCAUCUUAGAACUAAUUAUACUUAAUGUACAAUUUAAAAAUUAAUUAUCUUAGAAAAAAUUAGACAUUAAAAAUUACUUACAUUAUCAAAAAAUAUAGAAAUAUGUAUUAAUUACAAAAUAAAGGAGAUUUUUUUUAUGGAGCAAUAGUUUUCUUUUUAACUUUACUUUCAGGAGCAUUAGGAUUUUGACCUUUGUAAAAUUGUUUUAAUAAAUGCAUUGCCUGGUCUGCAAACAAUCCACCUUGAAUUUUACAAUUUUCUAACCCAGGAACAGCAAGUACAGUACCACAUCCACCAAAACGGUCGUUAGCACAUCCAUAAAUAAUAUUAGUACAACCAAUCUUUAUCAACAUUGCCGCACACAUUAUACAAGGUUCAACAGUAACAACAACCGUUACAUUAGAUAAUUUUUCUAAAAUGCCGGCCUUAAUAAUAUUAUCAACACAAUUUAUUUCAGCAUGCCGAGUUGCAUUUUUAGUUUUAUUAACUGUGUUACGGCCAGAAGCUAUAAUAUUACUGUCAUUAUCAACAAAAAUGCAGCCAACAGGAACUUCUCCCACUUCUAAUGCUUCUUCAGCUAAACUUAAUGAUAUAUCCAUAUAAUUGCUCCAAUCCAUUUUCAUUUGAAUAAUUUAAUAAUAUCAAAUGAUUUAAGUUGCUUUACUGUUUCAUGUUGCCAUUUUUCUGUAGUGCCAACACUACGAGGACUAGGAUGAGGAAUAGUUACAACCUAAAUGAUAUAAUUAAAGUUAUUAUUUAAGUUAAAGAUAAAAGUAAUUAUUUUAAAUAAAAUAGAUAUAAUAUCAUAUUUUUACCUUAAUUUCAUUUAAUUUAAAAGUUUUGAUUACUUCAUUAGACCUUUUUUCAGCGUAUUUCCCAAUAGCAACAACAGUGUUUACACCAAGUAAAGUAAUUAUUUCAUAUAAAUAUUUAUCACACACUUCUUGUAAUUUUUUUUGAUAUACACU